AUGACUCGAACCUCGCGCAAGCCACCCCGAGACCCAGCUCAGCUCUCGGGGAAACCACUGGCAGAGACCCUGGAGCCAUCACCCAUCUUGCAUAGCGAGACAGAAGACUGGACGACCUCUCAGGAUCUCAACGAACAUGGCCUGUCGUUUGUGCCCGAAGUGAUGCAGGAUUUGACACUGUACCUGCUGGCCAACCCCAACGUCAACUCCAGCCACCUGUUUCGGGCCGAUAUCCUCUUCGACAGCGAGGGGAUAUUGCGCACCCCACGGGAGAAGGCACAGUCCUUCGCGCUCACCGGCAAUGCCAAUGCGGAUGUCAUCGCAUCUACUGGAGGUCUCAAUGGCGCAGAGGAUGAGGCCGAGGUCGAGCCCACCUCCGCGCGCGAUGUCGCCGGCUUCACCCUGACCAGGACAAUUGUCCGACGCCUAGUGCCCCGGAACCCUAAGCUGGACCGGACCCUGGACCAAACCUGUCACUUCUACGAAGCAGAGACGACGGCUGGAAUUGAAGGAGGCUGCAGACGCUCCCUGGUCAUCUACACACCCCACAUCACCAAGGAGGAGGAUAUCCCCUACUACCACCCCACACUGCGCUCUUUAGCCUAUCUCUACGACUACAAUCAGACCACCAUCAACCCCAACCCCACGACCACAGAGCAUCCCUCCCAAGAACAAACCCCCACCCCAACCCCAGGCCCAGGAACCCUAACUUUACACACGCUCCUCUUCCCCAACCUCCCCAUCACCAACCGCCUCGAACGCACCCUACAAGCCCUCCUCAACACGCAAAUCCGCCUCGCGCGGACCACCCACCUGCCCACCCCAUCAUCAUCAUCAGGCUCCUCCCCAUCCAUCAACCAAAAACACCUAGGCGCCAACAAAAACCCCCUCAAAGACAACAUCCUCCCGCAACACCUCGUGCAGAACACCUACACGCGCCUGAAGGCCAAAUACGCCAGCGACCUGUGUCAGCGAUGGGUCGAAACCACCGAGCCCUCGAAGCACGUCUUCGAGGACCUCUCCAUCGCCGCCUUCCUCAUCGAGCUCUGGCGCAGCAUGUACGGCGUCGUCCCGGAGGAUGAUCGCAGUCCUCCAACCACCACUAGCCCGGAAUUCCCCGGCUUCGUAGACGUUGCCUGCGGCAACGGCGUCCUCGUCUACAUCCUGCUGCAAGAAGGCUACUCAGGCUGGGGCUUCGACGCCCGCCGCCGCAAGACAUGGGGCAUCUUUCCGGAGUGGAUCCAACUCCGCCUAAAGGAGGAGAUCUAUAUCCCUGCGCCUUUCAGCGAUGCAGUAGUCGGUGUUGACGCCGAACCCGAACCCUCCAGCCCUAGCUCCGGCGCCAGCCCCAGCUCCAACAACCCCUUCAACCUCAACAUCCCAACACACACCGGCCACUUCCCCAAAGACACAUUCAUCAUCUCCAACCACGCGGACGAACUGACCGUCUGGACGCCCCUGAUGGCCGCGCUACUGUGCCCCGCCAACCCGUCCCCGUUCGUCGCGAUCCCCUGCUGCUCGCAUGCCUUGUCCGGCGCCAAGUACCGGUAUCCACCGCCGAAGGGUGCGUCUACCUCCGCCAAGGACCAGGGGAAAGGGGGGCAAGAGGAGGAGGAGCAGCAGCAGCAGCAGCAGCAGCAGCAGCCCGAUUCGGGGGACUUGAAGGCCCUGCGGAAGGAGAGGCAGGAUGCGCAGGCGACGGAGGCGGGGUUUUUGAAGAGUAUGUAUGGUUCGCUGACGGCGAAGACGAUGGCGGUGGCCCAGGAGGUGGGGUAUGAGGUUGAGAAGACGUUGUUAAGGAUCCCCAGUACGAGGAAUAUGGCUGUUGUUGGGGGGCGGAGGGGGACAAUGGUGGCCGGCGAUGCUGGGGUGGAUGAUAGUGCUGGUGCUGAUGCUGAAAAGGUGUUUGGGAAGAUCAUGGCUGCUGUGCAGCGGGAUUGUGCUCGAGAGGGAGGCGUGGAAGCCGCGGCGAAGAUCUGGAUAGAAAGAGCGAGAGGGAUCAAUAAGGGUCCUGGGAUGGGGAAGCAGCGUGGUGGCAGUCAUUGA